AUGCAACCACUUCAUCGGAACGCUCCGUGGUACCAGAUCGAAGACGCUUUUGGAGUACGACUCUGGGAUAUCGAACCGCGGUGCCAAGUAGCUGGUAUUGUUGAUGACCAGUCUGUUACGUUAGAUGGUGCGGUUGGAGCCUCGAUUCAGUGGGAUCGUAUGGAUCAGGUUGCCUUUUUUAAGAGACCGACAACCGCUCGUACCUUCGCGAAGGUAGCGCUUCGAACAAUGCCAGCUUACCUAUUCGGUGGUAUCUUGAUGGUAUCAAUUGUGGCUGCUACACUUUCACAAAUGCAGUCAUUAUCUUACAAUGGUGUUAGUUUAGAAGGGCUGGGUGCGGGUAUGCAGGUCACCCUUGCUAUAGGAAUUGUCUUUCUUGUGCCAGGGGCAAUUAUCUUCCUUCUUGCUCCAUACAUGAUAUUUGAGCUCUACCGCGGCGAGUUUUGGUCUACCCAGGCCAUGUUCAUUGGUAUUGAGGGUGUCCCAUCUAACCUAGGCUGGGUUGAACGUAACAUCUUCGGCUUGAACCAGGGACGGUUGAAGUGGAGUGUCGCAGGAAGUACGUUAUCGCAACACAAACUCUCGACGUAUGAUGAGUGCGAGGCUCUCCCGCCCAAAGAGAGUACCCCUGCAUUGAAUCCCACAAACAGAAACAAGACGAAUUACACCAAUGGGGAGGAGAGGCCAUUUACACUGAUCGAUACAUACACGCGUACAGCCACAGUGUUUUAUGCAGUACGACCACCCACCGCUCUUAUAGUAUGUGGGCAAGAAGGGGGAAUGCAGCGAGCAGUGCUUUGCUCGUAUGACUGGCAGAGAGGCACAUUUUCACGGGAGGCUGUGGUGCGGGUGAAGACGAUUGUGCUGGAGAGGAUGUUUAGGGUUGACCGCUUCCGAUUUGCUCUUAACCGAAAAAUAUGGGAAAAGAAUCCAGAAUCGUUACAUUCAAAGUCCGAGACGGGCUCGAGCGACGGGCAGCGGAGAGGGUUCCUAGAGGAUCAAUGCGAUACUGAUUAG